CUGACAUCUAGACAAGAAAAACGAAACGAGUUUGUCUUUUCGAUUCAACGGCUCUUGGGUAGCGGCUCCGACGAAUAAAUAAAAUACGUCACGUUGUAAAUGGAGAGCUUAUAAAUUGCAUUCAAGCUGAACGAGAAUCCGCGACCUUGUGUCGCCUCGCCAAUUAAUGUUGCGAUUUGUUAUUUAGACCGGUGCUUUACUUUUCUAAGGUUUCUAAGUGAAUUGCCAACGAAUAGUGAAAAUAUGGUUUAGCGGUGUACGGUGUUCGGUGAUUUCAAACAGAAAUAUAGUGAUAAUACUCAGUUAAAGUGGUCAGAAGGCUUCGUGGAUUCGGUGCAAAACGAUUUGACCUUACUUUUGAGUAGAGUCGACCCACGCCGUCUAUUAAGAAGACUCCUACGCCUCGGUACAAACUGCGUUGUCGCCGAGAGACUAAAAAAAGGCAUUACGAUGAGAACAAAACUGGAUGAAUUACGUUACGUUGCUUUAAUUUCCCCGUGUGCAUAUUUUUAUUAAGUUUAUGUUAUGUUUGUACAUAGUUUAGCGUGGAAGUGGUGCUAUUCGAUAUUUUUCUUAUCAGAAUAUGUUUUGAUUGUUACUUAUCAAGGCUACCUGUUCGUGUGAAAUCAUUGAAGCGGAUGGGCAAACAGAUGGUACAUAUCAAAUUAAGUACACAAGAAUUUAACACAUCAAUAUAAUGCAAAACUUCAAGUGAUACAAAGAGGUUUACCAUAUUUAUAAAGAAGUUACAAAAGUCUUCAAAAUAAAGAAAACAUCAGCCCUGCUCUGUUACAAAGUGAGAAUGGAUGAAAAUGACGUCAUUAUAUCCUCCACAGAGAUAAUAAAAGACAGAUUGUACUUUGCGACCCUGAAGACUGGCUAUAAACCGAAACCCACGCGGAACAGUAAAUACUUCCAUAUAGAAGAUGAAAUUGUCUACGAGAAUUUUUACUUCGAUUUUGGACCUUAUCAUCUAUGCCAUUUGUAUCAAUUUUGUAAUAAACUCAACGAUGAGUUGGAGAAGAAUCCGAAAAAAAAGAUUGUCUUCUAUACUAGCAGUAAUGAGACGUUGCGACUUAACGCUGCUUACCUUAUUGGGAGUUAUCAGAUAAUAUAUCUUGGCGGUUGUCCAGCAGCUGUUUACAAACAGCUAACAGAAGGCAGUGAAUGGUCACUGUUGAGUUUCAGAGACGCGUCAGGUGGCCCACCACUGUUCGAUAUCUCCCUACUAGAUGUGCUUAGAGGUCUAAAACUGGCGCACGAUGCUAGAUUCUUUGAUUUUCAACACUUCGAUGCUGAACAGUAUCUGUACUACGAGAAAGUAGAAAAUGGCGACUUAAACUGGAUUAUUCCAGGCAAGAUGCUAGCAUUUUCCGGCCCUCAUCAUAGAUCACGUUUAGAGCGUGGUUAUCCAUUACACAGCCCAGAACAUUACCACCAAUACUUCCGUACCCAUCACGUGACCACCAUAGUCCGUCUCAACAAGAAGUCAUAUGAUGCUAAGCAGUUUACAGCUCACGGUUUUGAACACAGAGAGUUGUUCUUUGUGGAUGGCUCAGUACCAUCGGAUCAUAUCGUUAAUCGAUUCAUAAGGAUCGCUGAAGUCGCUAAAGGUGCGGUGGCUGUACAUUGUAAAGCGGGUCUGGGUCGCACUGGUACGCUGAUCGCUUGCUACAUGAUGAAGCACCACGGGUUUGCGUCGCGCGAGGCCAUCGCCUGGCUGCGUCUCUGCCGACCAGGCUCCGUCAUCGGACAUCAGCAGUGGUUCCUGGACAAUAUCCAAGCUCGCAUGCACGCGGAGGGUGAGGCGUACCGUCGCCGGCACAACAUCACGUCGUUGCCGGUGUUCACACGCGGGGUAUACUGCGACCUGCCGCCAGAGCCCGACCUGCCCGACCUGACCGACAAGCCCCCCAUCGUCACUGACAAGCCUGUCUCCCUGCAGACUAUACUGCAUAGCAACAAGAACGGCAAGAUCGACAACGCGAAUGUUUUAAAUGCUAACGAAGCGGACGCUGAGAACAAUGUGACGUCAGUGAUCGGCAAAUACAAGACCACGGCCACGCUCAUGCAGCCUCCGAAGACUGUCUUCGCUUCCAAGAUGAAUUACAUGAUGCCGACCAACAACAUACGCAAUGCCAACAACACCAACCUCAAACCACAACCCAGAGCCAUCAACUCAACUCUAAAAUCACACUAUGCAGCUAAAACUUCAACUUUUCCCCCAACUAGAGGCACGUCACAAGCUAGCAAAUUAGUCGCCAGCGUCAAAUCCUCCUUCACAAGUAAAAAUAGCUUUCACGGCCAAAGAGCAAAUCUCGCACGGCCUGCUCUAAACUAUACCCACGGCAGUAGUCCUUUGAAAACAUUCACAAGAAAAGCCGUCAGCGUCAGUAAAAUGACGUCAAACGAUACUUCAGUCAUCAACACCCUUAGUAAUGUCACGUCACUCUCCGCUCUCACAGAGAAUUGUCAUCUUAACGGAAAGAACCGACUGCCUUCCGAACCGAAUUUAAAAACUGUGACCCAAUCGAAAACUGUAAACAACGUCACCGGUAGAAAGAAAUUAAUCAUCCGAUCGAACUCCAGCUCGAGAAAGAAGUUGCCGAAAAGUCUUCCAAAAUCUGGACUCGAGGCAACACAAGAUUUAUCAUCCAGUGAUACAAACAUCACGAACAUAUCCGCAGACUCUCUAGAUACACCGUUCAGAUUUAGACGGAAAAGGGACAAAUCCAGCAGUCCUGAACCUAUGGACUGCAUAUCCAAUUCCAUCAUCACAGCUGACGUUACACCGGACAAUUUUGAAGAAACUAACAAUUCACAAGGGAAUAAAUUAUACAAAAUAAAAGCGUUAAGGAAAAAAUGUCCCACUUUCGGAGUCAGUAUUCUAAAGCAAGAUAGCGUUCAAACGCGGUCGAGUACUGGUGCGAGUACCUCCACUGUGAAGAAGAAAUGAUUAGUGCAGGAAAUAGAUUUAGUUAUUCCAUGUUAUAGAUAUUCUAAUAUUAUAGAGGCCUCGCAUAGCGCGGUGUUAAAUGUUGAUGAAUUUGUUUAGGCGCUUUCUAACAUUCAUCAGCUAGUAGACAAUGUAUGUCUAAACAAAUUUUUUCGACAUUAUUGUACAGAUAAUAUAAAUAUAACCCCACAAAUUAAAAGCCUAAUUGAAAAAUUUUACAGAAUAUAUAUUAUUGUUGCGUCAGAUCGAUUUAUAGUCUAAUAUCGUCUCAUUAAGGUUAUAAAAUUUUCUAUAACUGUUUUAAAAAGUAUUUUUCUUUGUAGACUUUUUA